AAAGGAAGUGAAAUAACUUUAACACACACCACUGCUCUGUCACUCAGUCAGACAGUAGACAUACAGGAUGGAAGUCAGUCCACUCGCUGUGAUAUUCUGUGAGUAAAUGUUCUCUUUGUGUCUUCAUUAGAGUGAGUGGUGGGGUAUAAUGAUGUUCGUCUGUAGUCUGAAUGCCCUGAUCGUUGAGGUUAUUGUGUGAUUAGAACAUUGUGAUCGCUGUAUCUGAGAGAAAAUGAGUGUAAAUAUGUCUGUAUUGUUGGAUCUGUGACUGAUCUUUUGUGUCCUGCUGUCAUCUGCUGCUCAGUGAUCCCUCUCAUGAUCAUUUGACCUGCUAAAAAAAUGGCUGCAUAGAGUUUGGUCUUUUACCAAAUUCAUUCAUGAUUGUGAGAUUGUGACUAAAUAAAAUGUAUUUCUGCUGCUUUGUGACUCUGGUGCUCUUUUCUGUGCAUAGUAAGGCUUUAACAAAACUUUAUAUUCUAUUAUAGCAUUAAAUCGCCACACUGACAAAAUGCCUUAUGACCUUAAUUUCCAUUUUUGUUACUAUUAUGGUCUGUGCAGUAAAAUAUCUCAGUCCAGCAAGCUUAAUCUAAUACACACUAAUACCAAAAUAAUGUACAGCACGUUUGACUAAUCAUUAUUUACGUCAGUGUUAAAGAAAAGAGCAAUAACUGUGUACAAACAACCUCUCAUUAUUCCUGUAAACACACAGAGUGGAAACAGUUUGUGGUGGGGUUUGUUCUAUUUUAAUGCAGUGUCUAUUCUUAUUUUCAUACACUUUUAAAUUCAGCUGUGAAAAGCUGCAAGAGGUGUGAAGAUACUCAUGCAAAAGCAACAACUUUUUUUUCACUCUUUAACUGUUGAUAUGCUGGUCAACUGCAGCUCCACUUACACUCAUUGAACUCUUUCAAACUCUUGAACUCUUUGGCUAUACCAACCCCUUGCUGCUCUGCACUCUUGAUUAAAACACUGCAUGUGUUUUAAUCAAAUUUAAGUCAAAUGUAAGCAUCUGCAUUAAUGUACAAUUCUGGUUAUCUAUAAUAUUUAUGAUGGUCAGUGACGGGAAAGGAGACAUGCACUAAGACUAUCAUUAAUAUUGUAGACUACAUUUUCAAAUCGUAUACAGUUUUACAUGUGUAUGAGAGCAGACACAAGAUGUGACGCAGCUUCCCUUUUUUUAAAUCAGUCUGUUCAGCAGUUAAGAGGGGAUGUGAAGCUUAAUGCAAUAACUAUUUAUGUUUUAUAAAUAUGUAUAUGUAUGUAUAUAUGUCAAUAUUUCUGCAAUUCUUUUUUCCAAAUCCUCUCAAGCUGGGCCAGGUUGAAUAGGGAGCGAUUUUCGCAUCUCUCUUUGGCUGGGCUACUACAGGACAUACAAAAACUCAUUCCUAAACCACUCCUGUGUUGUCUUGGCUUUCUGCUUAGGGACAGUCUCAUUUUGGAAAGUGAACCUUUUGGCCCAGACAAAGGUCCUGAGCGCUGUGAAUUUAUUGAGGGUAUCUCUGUACUACACUCAAUUCAGUUUUCUCUCAAACUGAACAGUUGCUUAGUCCCUACUGCAGAAAAACAUGAUGCUGCCACCACUAUAAUUUUGGGGAUGUGAGGAGCAGUGCCUGAUUUCCUCCAGACAUAGCAUUUAGAACUGAGGCCAAAAGAUUUUGCAUUCCUUGGACCAGGAAAUCUUGUUCCUUAGAGCCUGAUUGUCCUUCAGGUGUGUUUUUGCAAUCUUUAAACAGGCCUUUGUGUGUUUUGCAAUAAGAAAAGGCUUCUGUCUAGCCACUCUGCCACAAAGUCCAGAUCAGUGGAGGGCUACAGUGAUGGUUGUCCUUCUGGAACUUUGCCCAUCUUGACACACAGCAUCUCUGGAGAUCAGUCAGAGUGACCAUCAGGUUCUUGUAUUGUGAAAUGACAAGGAGAAAACACAGGAAGUGUUGAGAAAUUAACACACCACUGCUCUGUCAGUCUGUCAUUAGUGGUACAGGAUGGAGCUCAGUUCACUCCCUGUGAUACUCAUGUUGGUUUCACUUUUACCAGUGGCUCAUGCUCAAGCAAAACCCACAGUAACUCUGAGAUCAUUUUCUUGGAGCCUCAUCAACAGUGAAGACACCAUCACUCUGAGCUGUGAGCCGCAGGAUUCGAGAGAAUGGGAGUUCGCCUGGUACAUAAAUUCACAUUUUGUGAGAAAUGUAGCGACGAAAACCACCACAUUCAGUGUGAACGUCAAUAAUGCAGGAGAAACAGUGUAUCAGUGUGGAGCACGCUGGAAAAGCAACUACAGAUACUACGACACAGAGCUCAGUGAUCCUGUCAAGAUCACAGCAAAAGCAAAACCCCAACCAUCUGUGAGAGUGAAUCCUCAGAGCUUCACCUACACUGAAAAAACCAUCACUCUGAGCUGUGAGCUGCAGGAGACGACUGGAUGGAAGUUUUUCUGGUACAAAAAUCCACAACUUGUGAACAACGUAGCUACCAACACACUCCACAUUACAGUUGAUAACGCAGGAGAACCAGUGUAUCAGUGUCGCGCAAGCAGGAUAAUCUACAACAACCAUAACAACUAUGACUUCUUCUACACAGGACUCAGUGAUUUUGUAAAGAUUAAAGCAAAAGAAAAGCACAAACCGACUGUGAGAGUGAAUCAUCAGAGCUUCAUGUACACUGGAGACACCAUCACUCUGAGCUGUGAGCUGCAGGGGACGAUUAGAUGGGAUAUUUUCUGGUACAAAAAUUCACAGCUUUUGAACACUGUACAUAACAACACACUCAGUGUGAGAGUUGAUAACGCAGGAGAAACAGUGUAUCAGUGUUGGGCAAGCAGGACAAUGUACAGCUCUAACAGCUACAACUUCUUCUACACAGGACUCAGUGAUUCUGUAAAGAUUAAAGCAAAAGAGAGACCACAGGCAGUACUGAGUGUAUCUCCACAGAACUGGCUGACUGAAGGAGACUCAGUGACUCUAAGCUGUGAGGUUACAGACUCCUCUACAGACUGGACAUUCAGCUGGUACACAGUUGUUCCCUACAGAGACGGUGUAACUGCAAUACAAAUGAAUCAUGGCUUUAUCAUGUAUGUGGAGCUUCUCUCAGACAGCAGCAGAGGAUCUGGAGGCUCCUACACUCUCAGUCCUUCUGCUCUUCACCACACAGGAGUUUAUGUGUGUAGAGGAAAGAGAGGAGAACCAGUCAGUCACAUACUGUACAGCAAUCCACAGCCUCUAUGGAUCUCUGGUGAAUCUCCUCCAGUGUCUCUGAUCAUCAGUCCCAGCAGAACUCAACACUUUACUCGUGACUCUCUCUCACUGAGCUGUGAGGACCAGAGUAACUCUACUGGAUGGACAGUGAGACGAUACACAGACAGUGAAAGAGUGUUAGAUUGUUCACAGUGGGGAUCAGUUACAGGAUCUACAUGUAAAUUCAGCUUCCUCUACACAUUUUACACUGGAGUUUACUGGUGUGAGUCUGAAUCUGGAGAAAACAGUAAUCCUGUCAACAUCACAGUUCAUGAAGGUAAUAUGAUCCUGGAGAGUUCUGUCCAUCCUGUGACUGAGGGACAUCCUCUGACUCUACACUGUUUAUAUCGGUACACAAAUCCCUUAAAUCCCCAAACUGAUUUCUAUAAAGAUGGAUCAGUCGUCCAGAACCAGACUACAGGAGAGAUGAUCAUCCAUAAAGUCUCAAAGUCAGAUGAAGGUUUCUACCACUGUAAACACCCAGAGAGAGGAGAGUCACCGAGAAGCUGGAUCUCAGUCCGACUCUCUCGUUCUGGAUUCGUUGGUGAAACAGUAGGGCUGGCUGUGGGACUGAGUUUGGUCUUUUUAUUAAUUGCUUUGUUGAUCUUCAUGAUCCUGUGGUACUAUAAAAUGAAGAAAGAAAAGCAGCAGAAAUCCGAACAGAUAUCAGAACAGAAUCAGAGCUGGUCAGGAAAUAACGACUCUCAGUCUGGACACGAUCCACUUCAGGCUGAAAAUGAAAACCUUUAUGCCACUGUGGAUCAGGCAGAUAUGAGUGAAAGAGGUGAAACUGAAGCUGAGAGCAGCGAAGCCACUUAUUCACAGAUCCCAAAAAAAGAAGGCAAACAAGAAAAAUGGUGCUGAUGCUGAACUCGGCAUGAGUGAUGUCACUUACGCUGAGAUUCAACUAAAACCCAUGAAAAAGAGAGCACAGGAGAAGGCCAGUGUGGGUGAUGAAACUGUUUACUCAGAGUUGCAUCAAAACAUGAAGUGAGCAAUGUGUCUGUCAACACUGGUGAAGCUACCGGGAUCAAACAGAGAGAUGGAGUUUGUGUUCAGCUUUACUAAAAUAUUUUUUUUAUUGUUAAACUUUUAAGUUGCUACGUUCUAAGCUUGGACAAGACCAAAACCACAAAGCACUUCUGGAUUUUGCUCACCUCAUCAAACCAUUCCAUUGUUGUGGAAAAUCAGAGCAUCAGGAUCCCCCUGGAGAAAUGUGUGAAUAACAGAUAUUCAGGCCAUGGAUUAUGUUGUUCUGAAAAGUCUAAUGAUCUAGCACCUCACCAUUAUCCAGAUGAUCUUCUGGUAGCGUGGAAUUUGCGUAAAAGAGGCUUUACUGACUGAAGAAGUUUGGGUUGGGGUUAAUGCAAUUUGUUCUUUGGAACCAAACCCCAGAAAUUCAGACAUGGUGACCAAACAAAUAUUAUUGGAGUGAUACAUUACCGAUCUUUAUGCCAAGCUUGCAAUUCUAUGGUUGCUUACACAAUAUCUGGACUUUUAGUUGGGCAAUGGAAAGGGGAAGCAGGAAACCUUUUUUGUAACAAUAUGGUAAAAUAGGCCAACUGUUCAGUAUAAAGCAUUAAAAAGUAAUGUUUGGCUUAAUCCUGUUGCACAACUAUGGAAAAUAAAAGGCUGAUUAAUUUCUUAUUUAACAUAGCCUUCUCUUAGAUUUCUAAUUUCACCAGUAAAUUACAUCAGAACAUUGUAUCCCACAUUUUAAAUAGUGUUUCAGAGAACAUCAGAAAUGCAAUCUCUGUACAUGUUUUAAAAUGUAAGGUUUUAUGAAGGCACUUGUUUAACUUUUUUCUCUGUCUACAUUCAUCCCUUUAAAAAUGCUUCAUUCUUAAUAGUUGCUUAUAUGUACUUGCUUAAUAAUGGAUUUUCCCAUUAUUAAGCAAAAAAUUCUGUCAUCAAGUCAAAAAAAUUCAAAACGGAGGAGAGCCGCAGUGAGCUAAUUGUCGACCGUAAGGAGUCUACAUGCGCUGGACUCGGGCAAAUUAAAUUUUGUUAAGUAAAUUAUUUUUUAAUAUUUAAAAAAAAAAAUAUUGUAUACAGUAUUUCAAUUUGUUUUAGUAUAUUUUAUUGUUUAUUUCAUAGUAUUUAUAGCUCUUACAUCAUUAGGAGAUUUGCGUAGUCAAUAACGAACACAGUAACAACUUACAAACAAAUUCAUGGUACGAACAGUCAUUUGGAAUGAAAGGUGGGGACUGUCUAUAUUCAAUGGGUAGUAAAUAAUUUUCCAUUUCAAGUUUUUUUGUAAACAUUUACAUUUUUUAAAAGUUGGU